GUGAAAAAAUUAGUUUCUGUUCCAACAUGGCCACCUGAUGUUCGAUUUAACGAUACAGGUGGCUAUGAGUUAUUGUAAAUAGUGUAAUUUUAAUUUAUAAUCGUAAAUUAUGAGUGAACGUAAUCAGACAGAAAGUGCCAAUGAUGCUGAUCGAGUAGACGAUGCGGUGGAUCCUCGAGUUCAAAUUGAACUGGAGAGGUUAAAUACUGCUACAGAUGAUAUUAAUAAGCUUGAAGUUGAUUUAGAUGAAGCAAGAGCAACUUUUAGAGAUUUAUUGUGUGAAUCUACAAUAACAAUUGACGCUUUAUCAAAAAAGCUUGGUACCUGUAUUGAAAAAUCAAAGCCUUACUAUGAUGCUCGAUUCAAAGCUAAAGAAGCGCUCAGAGAUGCACAAAAAGCAGCUAUCAGGUUUGAAAGAGCAAAUGGUCAGCAUGCAGCAGCAAAAGAAAUGGUUUAUCUCGCUGAAGAGGGUCUCAGAAUGGAAGGAAGAUGUUUUGAUCACGCUUGGCAGGAAAUGUUAAAUCAUGCGACUGAAAGAGUAAAUGAGUCUGAACACGAAAGAGCCAUUUCAGAAGCUGAACAUAGACAUAUGACUGCUUUGUAUCAUAAUGCAGAACAUACUGUUCAGCGAUUACAGUCAGAGCUGAAACGUGCUAUAGCUAAAUCAAGUAUGGGUGCACGUCGCAACUUGCUUCUGAUAAACAGUAUCGCCUACAGGCACAACUUGCUAAUGUUGCCUUAUUAUGAGAUGAAAGCACAAUUUCAUCAAGCCUUAGAACGCCAAAAGUUACGUGUAAGUGAACUUGAAAAGUCUGUUGCUGAAGCAAAAAUGACGUAUGCUGAAGCUUUACGUAAUUUGGAAAAAAUAAGCGACGAAAUUCAUAGGACAAGACAAGACGAUGGCAUUGAUAAAGGAAAUAAUUCAAGUCAGCAAGAUGAUUCAAAAAUUGAUCAAGUCAAUAAAGAAUCUUCUUCAGAAUCGAGUACUACUGGAUCGCCAGAUAGUACAGAUUAUACUAGCGAUGAGUAUCUUCGUCUUCCGGAAGAAAUAAGUCCAACUUCACCAUCAGUAUCAAAAAUUCAACGAGAUUCGUCCUCGGAAUAUAUAGGCCUCAAUAAUUUAAAUCUAUCGUCUACAGAGCCAAGAAAAUAUAUCACACGUGACAAGCCAUUCAAUACGACAUCAGCAAUAAAAAGUUCUAAAUCGUCACAAAUAAAUAAUUCAACAUCGCCUUCAUCAGAAGUGACAUUAUCUCCAACCUCUACAGUGAAUUCUACUAUUAACGAUAGACGUAGUUUACAAUUAAAUUCAUGUACAUCUGAUUCUAGUCUUCAAAAAGUUGAAAAACAGAAUAAAAAGUUAAAUGAAAAUCAUAAUAAUGAUAGCAAAAUUGAAAGUAUAGAAACCAUUGAAAAUGGGGAAAGAUGGACGGAAAUUAGUUUAACUAACUCUCCUGACGAUAUUUAUUAUAAUAAUGAUGUUUAUUCAGAUGAUGAUGAUCAAAUUCCAUACAAACCAUUACCAAGCGAAUUGAGUCUUGAGAGCGUAAAUUUUACUACUAUUUCUGAAGAGUCCACAGCUAUGAAAAAACGUUUAGUUAAUCAACAAUCACUUCCAGCAAUGCUGCAAAAUACUGAAUUGACUAGUGAAGAUAAACAGAAAUUGGAUAUCACAAGAAGUCCUUCAGUUAAGUGUCGUGGGAGAUUGGACUCCAGCCUUUCCAAUUGGAUCACAAGAAGUUCUGUUGUUAGUGGAGAAUCAACAUCCGGAGCUUCUGGCAAUUCUAGUAGAAGACAGUCUUUAGACAUGUUAUGGAACACAGGUACGGGAGAGAGAAUGAAAGAAUUAUUAAGUCAUGGUAUGAUGAUGCUCAAUAUAUCAAGUUUAACUGAACGACGCUCUAGUGAACCAAAAUUGACAGAAAAAGAGGAUAAAACGGUGCUAAAGAAUGAAAAAGUUGAAAUAAAGGGGAAAAAAGUCCCCAGUCCUUUAGAAAAGACUAUGAGUUAUCUCAAUCCGGAUGAAGAAACAUCAGAUAGUGAGAGUUUAGCAAGCGUUGAAAUGCUAUCAGAAGAUCAAAUAUCAUCAUUAAUGAUGGAGCCAGACAUAAAUCAAGUAUGUCAAGAAGUACUGGGUACUCCUCUAGUCGAAGUGUGUCCACUUUUACAACAACUUCAGCAACAAUAAUAAUUUAACUAAGCGAAUGAUUCAAAAUAUAACUUUAAAAAAAAAGUCCAAAAGAAAUUGAACGAGUGAUCGAUAGUAUUCUAAUGAAGGUAAGAUAGAAAUUAUUCAAAAAUUUUAUUGAAUAAAAGUUAAUCACGUAUGUUAUGAAAAAAAUGCUUUAUUAAUUUAGUCUGAUAUAAGUUAGAUAAAUUAUUAGAGUAGAACGUAAAAAUUAUAUUAUUUAAUUAUGAAUUUAAAAAUUUAUUUGGAAAAGAUUUUUUUUCAUGGCUGCUGGUCAGUAUUUGUGUGAGAACCGAAUCAUGCAUUGAUAUAAUAAGUACUGAUACAAUAAUAAGAGAAAUACGCCUAAAUUUAUUAUCAUUAAUUUAUUUAUGCAAAAAGUAAUGAAAAAAAUCAUUGUACUUUGAAAUAUUAUUAUAUUUAUCGACAAGAAUUAUUUGAAAAUUAGCGUAAGGCAAUAUAGUCAAUAACAUCCAAAUAAUCAAAGAAAAAUUUAUUGUUCUUUAUAUAAUAAUAAUUAGGUUCUAUUUGGUGGUUAUCAGUUUAUAUUUAUUUCAAUACUUUUAUUGAAUUUGUAAAUAAUACGAUAUAUAAAUUCUUUCAACGCAUUCCACAUUAAAAUAAUAAUGAAUAAUUAUUAAAGUAUUAGUGAAAUUUUUUUGGCAACAUAAAGUACCUUAUAGAUUAAUAUUGUAAUUAUUUAAUAAUUACUACACUAAAAAGAUAAAAAUACUUUCUUAUAACAAUUAAACAAAACAAUAGAAAGCAUCCGGCAACUAAAAAAAUAAGUUAAUCAAUUUUUGCAUUAUGUUUAUGAGAAACAAAGUAUUGUCUUCAUUUUGCUAAUUAAUUUAUUCGGAUAAUGAUUGAUUUGAAUACGUCCAUGUGCAAUAUUUUAUAUAAAUUAUUUAUAGAAAAAAAAAAUGUUUGUUACGGCAGAAGUAUUAUAUAAUUAGUAGUUUAUUAAAUUGAUAAUAUUUGAUUGUAAAAGGCAUAUUUAUUUUAUAAAAGAUAGUAUUAGAAAAAUUCAACGGUAAUUUAUUGAGUAUUAAUAUGUUUGAUUAUUCAUGAAAAUUUACGAAUAUUCUGCACAAUGCUCAUUAAAUGCACCAAACACUACAUCAAUGUAUCAUAUUGUAUGAUAUCAAAUUGUAAUUAUACAUGUAUAUAAUGCGUCUUCAUUAAAAUUCAAUGCAAAAAAUGGCAACAAUCAA